GAUGUGUGUUGGGAGGAGAAAAGAGGACGUAGAGUAACUGACAAUGUGAGAAUUGCACUCAACAGUCAUCCGUGCAUUUCAAAGGUUAUGUCAUGCCGCGGUCAUUUCUUGUGAGGAGUAAGAAGACUCACCUCACUUUCCCAUCAGCAGACUUUUACAACCAGCAGAAUAAACCUCAAGCUGGAGAAGGUCAGCCUGUGGAGGAAGAUGGCAGGGACCUUGAAGAUGUGCCAUGUGUUUUCCCAAAGGAAGUUCUAUCUGAGGGCGAUUCUCCAUUGCAAAAUCAAAGUUCAAUGGACCCCUCCGAAUCUGGUACAGCAGACAGAAGCCAAACAUCUGACAGAGAGCGACAGCUCGAGAGACUUGUCUUAAUGUUACUCCACCGCACGUCACGUACAGACCUCAGCUAUCCAUUCAGCCAGUGUCCUCUCUGUGAAAAGUCUCUUUCAGAAGUCAAUCUGCAGGCUCAUUUCAGUACAAACACCUUUCCUCUCCCUCUGAUGAGGUCCCCAGACACAGAAAUGUCCUCAAUGACUUUCACAGCAAUUGGGAGUUAUAGCAGAGCAAAGGCGCGAAACUUUGGCUGUAAGGUGUGUGGAAAGAUGUUCAAGCGCUCUUCUACACUGUCCACGCAUCUACUCAUCCACUCAGACACGAGGCCUUUCCCUUGCCAAUAUUGCGGUAAAAGGUUCCACCAGAAAUCAGACAUGAAGAAACAUACCUUUAUACACACAGGUGAGAAACCACACAUAUGCAAGGUGUGCGGUCGAGGAUUCAGUCAAAGCUCCAACCUCAUCACCCACAGUCGGAAACACGAGGGCUACCGAAUGUUCAGCUGCCCCCUCUGUCACCACAGUUUCCAACGCAGGGUCGACCUACAGCGCCACCAAGAAAAUCCGUGUGGCUGAGGAAGCAUAUAUUCUCAGAACUGAUGCCUUAUAUAGCAGUUGACAAGUAGACUGAUUACAGUAGUUUUUUGGAGUAAAAAAUAUGCACUCAUUCUUUUAGCUUGAGUUUUGUUUUUCAUAAUUAAAAGCUUUAUGUACGUUGGCGUAUAGUAAAAAUAACACAUUGUUUCAUCUGUGAUUUUAGGAUACAUUAAUGCAAUACAGUGAAAAUAAAUCAGCAAAUCUAUUGCCUUC